CAAACUUCUAUGGCAGAGUUUCUACUGCUGGAGUUCUCUAAUGCCCGAGAACUACAGAUUGCUCAGUUCAUUUUGUUCCUGUGUUUUUUUUUGGCUGCAGUCGCAGGAAAUCUUCUGAUCAUCUUGGCAAUUGCACUCGACCGUCGCCUUCACACCCCUAUGUACUUUUUCUUGAUGAACUUAGCUGUGACAGAUCUUGGCUCUGUCUCUGUCACUAUACCUAAAUCCAUGGCAAAUUCCCUCAUGAAUACCAGGCUGAUUUCUUAUUUUGGAUGCAUUACUCAAGUUUAUCUUUUUCUGCUCUUUGCAGCAUCAGAUUACACUCUCCUCACCAUCAUGGCACAUGACCGGUACAUUUCCAUCUGUAAUCCACUACGAUAUGAAGCCAUAAUGAACAGGGGCACCUGCAUUCAGAUGGCAGCGAGUGCAUGGCUAAGUGGCAUUCUCUAUGCUGUCCUCCACACCAGCUGCACCUUCGCCAUGAGUUUCUGCUCCAAUAUUGUUGAUCAGUUUUUCUGCAAGCUCCCCCAGCUACUAAAAAUCUCUUGCUCUAAGUUAUACCAAAUGGAAAGUGCUUUUCUUGUUUUAAGUGUCAGUGCAGCAUUUGGCUGCUUUAUCUUCAUAGUAGCAACAUAUAUAAAAAUUCUUGCUACGGUGCUGAAAAUUCCCUCAUCACAAGGCAGACAAAAGGCUUUCUCUACCUGUCUUCCACAUCUCAUUGUUUUCUCCAUGCUCCUUUUCACUGGAACCCUUGUCUACCUGAGACCUAUACCUAAUGUCUCCUCACACACGAACAUGGUGUUUGCUGUCAUAUAUUCUGUGGUUCCACCCAUGAUAAAUCCUGUGAUCUAUAGCUUGAGGAAUAGAGAUAUUAAGGUUGCCAUGGCCAAGCUAUUAGGCUUGAAGUAG